UUGUGUUAGGCAAAAGCUAUACAUACAGAUAAUGUAAGUAGAUGUAUGUUUCUAUUUAUAGUAAAUUGGAUUCCCACUGCCCCCAACAAAAAGUGUCUGAAAUUAAAGCCCCGCAGCAGAAAUCUAGACAAAAUACACACACUCUCACACACUUUCAUUAUGCAACCGACAGGCAACUCGGCUAACUCAGGACUGAGUCGCGGACUCGCCCGCUUCCGCUCAGCUCCGGCCACAUGGCUCGAAGCUCUUCUCGAAUCCGAAGAAGAGCCCGAAGAAGAAGAAGACGCCAAGGAGAGCAUCUUCCAUCCCUCGCCGGCGAAGCCGCCGCCGCCGGCCACUCACUACUUCUCCCCGCCGGAGACUAUGGCCAAACCUGGAUUUCUAGAUCCGGAGCUUCUCCGAUCGUCGCCGUUUCUCCGGCAGAACAGCUCGCCGGCGGAGUUUCUCGGCCAGAUUAGUCCGGCCGGUGGCUCCGAUGCGUACUUCUCGAAUUUUGGAGUUCCGGCGAAUUAUGACUCGCUUUCGUCGACUAAACGGCCUCGAGAGAAAGGGGAAAAGAGUGGGGAGUUCAAUGGUGUUGAUGCUGAUAUGCAGAAGCUUUUCGAAGAUUCGGUUCCUUGUAGAAUUCGGGCAAAGCGAGGCUGUGCUACUCAUCCUCGCAGUAUAGCCGAGAGGGUUCGGAGGACGCGAAUAAGUGACCGUAUACGAAAACUUCAAGAACUUGUGCCAAAUAUGGAUAAGCAAACAAAUACUGCAGAUAUGUUGGACGAGGCAGUAGAGUAUGUCAAGCUUCUACAAAAGCAGAUCCAGGAACUCAAGGACCAUCAAAAGACAUGCAUAUGUGCACAGAAAUAUUAGAAGCAACAGAGUUCCUCCAGAACGCGCUUUCCACUUUUUUGGCUGUCUUAUUUACAUGCAAAUUUCGACUCUUGUACCAGAAUAUGUGCUCGCCUUGUACCAAAAUAUGUGCUGGCCGCUGGAGUUGCCAAUUUGCAGGGGAACUGUAAGUUGGUUAAGUUUUAUCAGUGAUCCGCAAUCAGCCUCUGUAUUAUGUUUGACAAUUAUGGUUAUAAAUGUAGCUCAACUACUGCUGUACAGCACUGUUAAAGAUAUUUCCGUGCUUGAAAAAUAUGUGCUUGCGACUC